UCAUCUACCGUGUGCGCAGAUCGUCGAGGGAAGUGGUGGGCGUUUCUUCGCGUUCGUUCGCUGACUGUUGAUGCUGAGAAGAUUUUUCCGACGUUUCCUGCCAGUUCUCCAGAUGUUUCUCCCUACGCUCGUAGAGGACAUGCACCACUUUAAGCCAAGCCGAGAUAGACUGUACACCACCCGGUGCUGCGGAUGUUGCCAUGUUCGAACCGGGACCAUCAUCCUGGGAACAUGGUACAUGGUGGUUAACCUGUUAAUGGGAAUCCUCCUGACUGUGGCUGUGACGCACCCAGAGAAUGUACCAACCAUCGACCUGCAGUAUGAGGUCAUUGACCAUUACUUUGCUUCCGACAGGAUGUCUGAAAAUGCCUGUGUUGGAUUUGCCAUCUCUCUGCUGAUGCUCACUAUCAGUGCCAUGAUGGUAUACGGAGCCAUCACUCACCGUGAUGGAUGGCUCAUCCCAUUUUUCUGCUACCAGCUGUUUGACUUUGCUCUGAGUUGCCUGGUGGCCAUCAGUUCUCUCACCUACCUUCCCAGGAUCCGGGACUACCUGGAGCAGCUGCCGGAUUUCCCUUAUAAGGAUUAUCUCCUGUCUCUGAACUCAAGCUGCCUCCUCCUCUUUGUGCUGGUCUUCUUUGCCUUCCUGAUCAUUCUUAAGGCUUACUUGAUCAACUGCGUGUGGAACUGCUACAAGUACAUCAACAACAGAAACAUGCCAGAGAUUGCUGUGUACCCUGCUUUUGAGACCCCCCCCCAGUACAUUCUGCCCACCUAUGAGAUGGCAAUGAAGAUGCCAGAGAAGGACCCUCCUCCCCCUUACAUGCCAGCCUAAGCACCUGCCGUGUCACCGGGACACGGACAAGCACACCCAGCCAUCAUAUGCAUUCCUUCAUGCCCCGUCUAACCCAUUACGAACCCCAUGAAGCUCCUGUCCCCCUCUGAAACCUGUAUCUGUGUGUGAGGCUUUUGAAGAUGUUUUGUUUAACCUCUCCGCUGUAUUUCUUUGGUGUUUAUAGAGCAUCCUGGAGAUGUGAUGGGGAAAAAAGGUGUGAGAAUUAAAACGUGUGUGAUAAUGAAUGGAUGAAUGUGAAAAAGCAUUGGAAAGACCCCCCCACCCUUUCUAUCCUAGACCCUCAGCCCUUUUUUAAGUCAUAGUAAAAGGGAAAUGUGAAAAUAUUUGCUCAUCAAUCCAGCACCAUUUUAUUAAUAGAUCAAUAUAUGAAGUACUAAAGAAUUGUUCAACUAUGACAAUCCACUUCUUAGAGCUCCUAUUGUUGAGUUGUGUUGGAGUUUUCUGUUGCUUGUUAAAACCUGAAGUAUUCCGCCUCUGCCUUGAUCCGAGUCUUUAGCACUUUUUUGUCUGUAUUUAUUUAGCUUUGCAGUAGUACGGUUCACAGCAUCAUCACCGCUUUGCUGCAGUGGUGUUUGAGCUUCUGAGUUUGUUUGUUUUCCAGCUGGAACUGAAGGAGAGCAGAACAUGGAUCGUUUUUUUUCUCUGCCUCUUUCUCGCCUGACAUGCAGAAUAACGGCUAGUCUUGUGAACAUUAGUUGUUGCAUGCUUAUCAACGCAAUCCUCCCGUUACUUUAUUAGUAAUGAUUUUCUCCCUGUGGAAAAAAACAGUUGACUUAAAUAAACAAUGUGUCAGAACAA